CUAAAUAAUUAUAGUUAUCGUUGAAUCUUAAAGCGGAACUAGUGUUAUACUAAAACCUCUGAAUAUAAAUCAAAAUGCAUAAUAAUAACACAAGCUUUACGCUUAUAAUAUUUUCCAUUAUAAUAAGUAGCGCUUAUUUUAAAAUUGUUACUUUGGAUAAAAACUGGAUUUGUGGCAUCAAGAAAUCUUGUGUUGAUUGUCUUCAACUAGACCAUUGUUCUUGGUGCCCUUCUCAAAAUAAAUGCUUUCCGGAGUUUUCCACAGUUGAGCAUUCUUGCAAUGAUUCCUUACGAUCAGCAAAUCAUGAAAUGAGUUUACUGGAAAACGCAGAAUGUGCGUGUGGUAUACUUGAAACGAGGGAAAAUAACUGCCGUCCACCGGGCGUCACGGACGGACCCGAGUGUUACGGUAGAGGGAGCUGUGUCUGCGGGAGAUGUUUUUGCGAUCCCAACCCGGAUCCUGAAAACCCCAGCAAGGUUAUAAUCGGGGAACAUUGUGAAUUUGAUAAUUUUUCUUGUGAUGGUGCAAAAUGUAACGAAGGACCAUAUUCUAUUAACGAUUUACAUUUAUAUGAAGAAGAUAACGCUGAUGAUGUUCCAGAAAUAGAUGUACCAGCCGAAAAAUAAUAUGUUUAGAUAACAAUGCAUAGGUAAAUGUAUAAAUACCUAUAGGUUUUAGUAUUGUAUAGUAAUAUAUUGCAUAAUAUUACAGAAAAUAAUAAUUAGUAUACGUGUAUCGAAAUAAGCAAUAUAAAUGAG